AUGAGCAUUCAAUAUUGGCUUGCAUGCUUUUUGUACAAGAAAACUUAUAAAGCCAAUCUUGCCAACUGGAGACCCCUCAAGACGCUUUGCAUUGAUGCAAAGAUUAUCGCGAAGGUCCUGACCGAGUGCCUGAAGAAGGUAAUGGCCGACCUGGUCCAUCGUGACCAGACGUGCAGAGUGUCUAGACGUUCUGCCCUCUGUCUGCUCUCCCCGCUCCUCUGUGCUCUUUACAUCGAGCUGCUGGUGGCCACCAUGCAUGCCCACCCAGGAAUCGAUGGCCUGCUCCUGCUGGGGGGUGGCGAUUUCAAGGUCGAUCUGCACUGUGAGGAAAACAACAAAGCUCACAACACCGAUGAAAUCUCCGUAAAGCGGCUCAUUGUGCGGAGGGGCAAGUCCUUCAUCCUCACCUUCUGUGUGGACCUCAAAAGCUUCCAAGCACUCGACCCACUUCAGCUGGCUGUUGAGACAGGACCCCAAGCGUCCCAGUCGUUAAAAACGAAGGCAGUAUUUGAGAUUCUCCCGGCGAACGCAGCUGGAAUUGGCUGGAAUGCCAGGGUCCAAGCGAAGAGCUCCUCUUCUGUUACUGUGGCUGUCAGCAGCCCUGAAGAUGCCUGCAUUGGAGAAUAUUCACUCUCCGUAAAACGUGGCUCCAGCAGCCGCAGCAUUGGCAAGUUUGUCCUGCUCUUCAAUCCUUGGUGCGAGGCUGAUUGGACUUACCUGCCCCAGGAAAGAGAGAGACAGGAGUACGUGCUGAAUGAACACGGCAUCGUAUAUCGUGGACAAAGUAAUGGGAUUCAGCCUAUGCCGUGGACCUUUGGCCAGUUUGAAGAAGACGUAAUGGACAUCUGUCUCAGACUUCUGGAUGUAAACCCAAAGUGCCUGAGGAAUGCCAAAGAAGACUGCUCUGCACGCUGCAAUCCCAUCUAUGUGAGCAGGGUCCUCAGUGCCAUGGUCAAUGCUGCAGAUGAUAAAGGUGUGUUGGAGGGCAAAUGGGAUGGUAACUACUGCGAUGGUGUGGCACCAAUGUGCUGGAGUGACAGUGUGGCGAUCCUGCGGAGGUGGGACCAGCGUAACUGCAACUGUGUGAAGUAUGGCCAGUGCUGGGUGUUCGCUGCUGUCCUGUGCACAACAUUGAGGUGCCUGGGAAUCCCUUGUCGAGUGGUUACCAAUUUUGAGUCAGCUCAUGACACUGACGGCAACCUUACAGUUGAUCACUACUGUUAUGACUUGGGUGUUACACCCAAUGCGAAAGACAGUGUGUGGAACUUCCAUGUGUGGGUGGAGGCCUGGAUGAGACGCCCUGAUCUUUCUCAAAGUUCACAGUAUGAUGGCUGGCAGGUGGUGGACCCCACGCCUCAGGAAAGAAGUGAUGGAACCUACUGCUGCGGACCAGCCCCGGUGAAGGCUAUACUGGAAGGCCAUACCAACCUCAAAUAUGAUGUUCCUUUCGUCUUUGCGGAGGUCAAUGCUGACAUUGUCACCUGGAGGAUGAACUCCGAUGGCACAAAAACAAGGAUGUUCUCCGACACCAAGGAAGUGGGCCAAAACAUAAGCACUAAAGCAGUGGGCAGUUAUGAAAGAAUGGACAUUACGAGAAACUAUAAAUACCCAGAGGGUUCAGCGAAGGAGAGGCAGGUGUUUGAAGAAGCUGUGAGAAGAUGUCAAAGGCUUACUAUCAGAGGUGGCAUUUCAGAUGUCUCUCCUGCCACUCCUGACGUUUCAGUGAAGAUUGUGGAGGUCGGACAGUCGAUUAAUGGAAAGGACCUGGACCUGAGUCUUUCACUGCGCAGUGACCAAUCCAAGCCCCUAACACUGAAGAUCCAGCUCAAUGCACGAGCAGUGCUUUACACUGGCUUCUCUAUUUCGAAUGUCUGGAGCAAAGCCUUUGAGGUGAAGCUGCUGCCAAACAAAGAAGAAAACCUGUUUUUCAGUAUCCCUUUCUCCCAGUAUGGCACUUGCCUGCAUGGGGCUGAUGGCAUCAAGGUGACCGCAGUCGUCUCGGACAUCGGGGGGAGUGAAGCAAUGUAUGGUGCGGAGAAAACCAUUGUUCCCAAAAUGCCGUCCCUCACCAUCACUAUCCGUGACGGCCCUAAUGUGUUCAUUAAGAAUACUGCAGAAGUGUACUUUAAAAACUCUGUUUCUGAGCCCCUCAAAGACUGCAGCCUCACGCUCACGGGCAUUGGCGUACUGAACGAUGUCUUUAAAAUCAGCAUCCCAUUCCUGCCACCAGGGCGUGAUAUUAAAGAACUGGUGCCCUUCCAGCCGUACAGAACUGGAUUCCGGCAGCUGGUGGCCAACUUCAACUGCAAUUUGUUCCACAUUAAGUCAGCCUGUAACAUUUAUGUGUCUUAA